AUGGCAGAACAGAAUAAUAAUGACGACGAUGAUGCUGACUCACGUAUAUUGGCAACGACAACAAAAGAGAAGGGAACGACUACUUCGAUCGCAGAUAUACAGAACUCACCAAAGUUUCUAAGUACAACGCAGAACGCAAUAAGGACUCCCCCACUGAAGCCAACAAAACUGAAACACUCAGAGUCGCUUCAAUCACUGAUCAGUGCCUACAGCACACAUCUAAGCAUCAACAACAACAGCAACAACACAGCCAACACAUCCAACAACAUAGUCAAUAAUAACAAUAAUCAUUCAUUGAUAAACACAACAACAAGGUCAUCAUCAAAUACACUAUCAUCAACAAAUAAGAUGAUGGGCUUUAGACGAUCAACAUCUCAUCAAUCAUUCCUUGAGGAUGAGUUGGAUGAUUGCUCACCUAUACAUAUGACACAGCAACAGAAGAGAUUCAUGAGGAAUGAUCGACCUCGUUCCUCACCGCCACUCUCCCCUUCACUACUAUGCAAUCAACCUCAUACUCUGAUACCAGACACAAACAACAACGGUGACAGUCCCAAUGGAACAUCAUCAAUAUCUGAGCGUAGAUCACCAUCAAUAAGCAGAGGCCGAUCAAACUCAUUCAAGAACAUCAUUUACUCACAGAACCCAUCGAGAUCACCAUCAAUCACUCCCACAUCAUCACCUUCACCAACUUGUAAAAUAGCUCACUCGGCAUCGCCUCCCAUCCCUAUUGUAAAUCCAACGCAACUCCAGCAGCAGCAGCAGCAACAACAUCAGCAGCAGCAGGCUAUGGACAACUCGCCCGAGCUGAUGGGCACCCAGAUCAGCGUCCUUUCCACACCCAUCUCCUCAUCAAUGUACAGCCAUCACUCACUCACCACGCCAGUCACGCCAACCACUCCCAUCUCGAUGCAGUCCAAGCACGUCACCAUCGACGACUUUGACCUGAUCGAGAAGAUUGGCGAGGGUGGCUUUGGCCAAGUGUUCCUGGCAAAGAAGAUUGACACUGGCGAGAUCUUGGCACUCAAGCGCAUGUCCAAGGACUUGGUUUGGUCCAAGAACAAAGUGUCACAUAUUAAGAACGAGCGCGACAUUUUGGCACAGGGUAGGAAUCAUCGUUGGAUAGUCUCACUGGUCUACUCAUUCCAAGAUGAUCAGCAUCUCUACCUGGCGAUGGAGUACGUGGCGGGUGGCGACCUGCGGUCUUUGCUCAGCGCACUUGGAUGUCUCGAGGAGGAGAACUCGCGGUUCUACAUGGCAGAAAUGGUGGAGGCGGUCGACGCCUGUCACCAACUGGGCUACUGUCAUCGCGACCUCAAACCAGAGAACUUUCUCAUCGACAAGACCGGUCAUAUUAAGCUUGCCGACUUUGGUCUAUCAAAGAUGUUCACCAACUAUGUCAAGUCGGCUAAGGGCACGCCUGGCGGAUCCACCUCAUCAGUCAUGGAGCACACACCAAUGAAGUUCUCCAGUCACAUGCUCAGUUCAUCAGUCACAGAUUUCUCUGGCUUUGGAUCGUUCAAGGACGUUGUCAACGUUGCCUACUCUGUCGUGGGCAGUCCAUUCUACAUGGCGCCUGAAGUGCUCGAGGCGACCACAGGCUAUGGAGACGAGGUCGACUGGUGGUCACUUGGAUGCAUGUUCUACGAGUUUGUGUGUGGCAUUCCCCCAUUCGAUGGAGACUCACCCGAGGAAGUAAUGGAGACUGUACUCGAUUGGAAGGCAAACCUACAAAGACCUCCAAAUAUCUCUGACGAACUCUGGAAUUUGAUAUCAUGUUUAAUUACUGAUGGAAACACGAGAUUAGGAAGAGGAGAGCGAGGAGUGGAGAACAUCAAAAACCAUCCAUUCUUUACUGGAGUAGACUGGGGAAAGUUACAUGAGAAUGAGCCACCCUUUGUACCAUUACUUUCGGAUGAAAUGGAUACUACAUACUUUGAGAAGGAUAGGACAACAGUUGUAUAUACCAACAAGAACUCUGGCGGAACGAUCACUUCAUCAAGGACAAAGCAGAACAGGAACAUACUGGGGUUCACCUAUCCAAGAUUGGGCGAAGAUCCACUAGUUUGGGCCAAUAUGGUUAGGAGUAUCAAAUCAGCCAAGACAUCAAGUGCACGCUCGGAAACAUCAAGUAAGCAGCUGAGAUCAUCAUCGGCGAAUGUUCCAUCGCCAAGAUCCAGUGGGUAUCAUAAUCAGCACUCGGUGGAGUUUGCCAAUCAGGAAUCAACCAGUCCCUACGGUUCCUAUUCCAGUCCAUCGAUAUUCCCCAAGUUCAACUCGAGUGAGUUUGACAUUGUAGUAUCAGCAGAUCAUAAUAAACUGUGA